AGACGCCAGCCAAAGGAGGCGGAGUUGCAGAAGACGAGUCCGCUCUGCGCAAUCCAGUCCGGGACUUGGCUCCGCCCGGGAGCGGCGGCCUCUCGGGUGGCUGAGGAGUAGUGAGCAGCAAGGGGUGAGGCUGCAGCCAACUCUGCUCUCCGCGCACUCGACUGUCCAGGCGCUCGGGAGGCAGCAGCGGCGCUUCUCUGCAGGACCGACUUCCCGCGAUGCCCGCUUAGGAGCGUGCGGCAGCGGCCAGCAUCGCCACACCGGUGGCACCGCGCUCCCGGCCCAGAGCCGGGCCACAGCCGCGCACUCCUGUCCCAGCCCCACCCCGCCCUCCCGCCCUGAAAUGACUUGUUAAUCGGCGACACCACCGAAAGGACUCACAGGAGUGGAAUCCAAGUGGCAUUUGGAUUUGGAGAAGAGUUUUCUUGAACAUUUACCCCUUUCUUGUGUGUGUCGGUUUUUGCUUUUUUUUUUUUUUUCCGUCUUUUUGUUUUUGCUGCUUCUUUCCUCUUCUCUUCUCCCCUAUCAUUGGAGAUGAACACAGCGCGCUUGCAUCCUAGAAAGUAGUCGCCGCGACUGUUGCCCCCAAAGAGACAACCACACAUGUAGGAAUGACAAAGGCUUGCGAAGGAGAGAGCGCAGCUCGCGGCCCGGAGAGAUCCCCUCGAUAAUGGAUUACUAAAUGGGAGACACACUGCACCAGUCCGUUCCGAGCCCCGGCCGCCUGCCCGUCGAUGCACCGAAAAGGGUGAAGUAGAGAAAUAAAGUCUCCCCGCUGAACUACUAUGAGGUCAGAAGCCUUGCUGCUAUAUUUCACACUGCUACACUUUGCUGGGGCUGGUUUCCCAGAAGAUUCUGAGCCAAUCAGUAUUUCGCAUGGCAACUAUACAAAACAGUAUCCGGUGUUUGUGGGCCACAAGCCAGGACGGAACACCACACAGAGGCACAGACUGGACAUCCAGAUGAUUAUGAUCAUGAAUAGAACACUCUACGUUGCUGCUCGGGACCAUAUUUAUACUGUUGAUAUAGACACAUCACACACAGAAGAAAUUUAUUGUAGCAAAAAACUGACAUGGAAAUCUAGACAGGCUGAUGUAGACACGUGCAGAAUGAAGGGAAAACAUAAGGAUGAAUGUCACAACUUUAUUAAAGUUCUUCUAAAGAAAAAUGAUGAUACGUUGUUUGUCUGUGGAACAAAUGCCUUCAACCCUUCCUGCCGAAACUAUAAGAUGGAUACUUUGGAACCUUUGGGGGAUGAAUUUAGUGGAAUGGCCAGAUGCCCUUAUGAUGCCAAACAUGCCAACGUUGCAUUGUUUGCAGAUGGAAAGCUGUAUUCAGCCACGGUGACUGACUUCCUCGCCAUCGAUGCAGUCAUUUACCGGAGUCUUGGAGACAGCCCAACCCUGAGGACCGUCAAGCACGAUUCAAAAUGGUUGAAAGAGCCAUAUUUUGUCCAAGCGGUGGAUUAUGGAGACUACAUCUACUUCUUCUUCAGGGAAAUAGCGGUGGAGUACAACACCAUGGGAAAGGUAGUUUUUCCAAGAGUGGCUCAGGUGUGCAAGAAUGAUAUGGGAGGGUCUCAAAGAGUCCUGGAGAAACAGUGGACAUCUUUUCUAAAGGCUCGCUUGAACUGCUCAGUUCCCGGAGACUCUCAUUUUUAUUUCAGCAUACUCCAGGCGGUAACAGAUGUAAUUCGUAUUAAUGGCCGUGAUGUUGUCUUGGCAACCUUUUCCACACCUUAUAACAGCAUCCCCGGGUCUGCAGUCUGUGCCUAUGACAUGCUUGACAUUGCCAAUGUGUUUACUGGGAGAUUCAAAGAGCAGAAGUCUCCGGAUUCCACGUGGACACCAGUUCCUGAUGAACGAGUGCCUAAGCCCAGGCCAGGAUGCUGCGCGGGCUCAUCCUCCUUAGAAAAAUAUGCAACCUCCAAUGAGUUUCCUGAUGACACCCUCAACUUCAUCAAGACGCACCCGCUCAUGGAUGAGGCAGUGCCUUCCAUUAUCAACAGGCCAUGGUUUUUGAGGACGAUGGUCAGAUACCGCCUGACCAAAAUUGCAGUGGACACAGCUGCUGGGCCCUAUCAGAAUCACACUGUGGUUUUCCUGGGAUCAGAGAAGGGAAUCAUCUUGAAGUUCCUGGCCAGGAUAGGAAAUAGUGGUUUCCUAAAUGACAGCCUUUUCCUGGAGGAGAUGAGCGUUUAUAACCCUGAAAAGUGCAGCUAUGAUGGAGUAGAAGACAAGAGGAUUAUGGGCAUGCAGCUGGACAAAGCAAGUAGCUCUCUGUAUGUUGCAUUCUCCACCUGUGUGAUCAAGGUUCCCCUUGGACGGUGUGAACGUCAUGGGAAGUGUAAAAAAAACUGCAUUGCCUCCAGAGACCCAUAUUGUGGGUGGGUAAAGGAAGGAGGUUCCUGUACCCAUCUGUCACCCAGCAGCAGACUGAUUUUUGAACAGGACAUUGAACGUGGCAAUACAGAUGGUCUGGGGGACUGUCAUAAUUCCUUCGUGGCACUGAAUGACAUUUCAACUCCUCUACCAGAUCAUGAAAUGUCUUACAACACAGUGUAUGGGCACUCCAGUUCCCUCUUGCCCAGCACCACCACGUCAGACUCCACGGCUCAAGAAGGGUAUGAGUCUAGGGGAGGAAUGCUGGACUGGAAGGAUCUGCUCGAUUCACCUGACAGCACAGACCCAUUGGGGGCAGUGUCUUCCCAUAAUCACCAAGACAAGAAGGGAGUGAUUCGAGAAAGUUACCUCAAAGGCCAUGACCAGCUGGUUCCUGUCACCCUCUUGGCCAUUGCAGUCAUUCUGGCUUUUGUCAUGGGGGCUGUCUUCUCAGGCAUCAUCGUCUAUUGCAUCUGUGAUCACCGGCGCAAAGACGUGACAGUGGUGCAGCGUAAGGAGAAGGAGCUCACCCACUCUCGCCGGGGCUCCAUGAGCAGUGUGACCAAGCUCAGCGGCCUCUUUGGGGACACUCAGUCCAAAGACCCAAAGCCAGAGGCCAUCCUCACACCACUCAUGCACAACGGUAAGCUCGCUACUCCCAGCAACACGGCCAAGAUGCUCAUCAAGGCUGACCAGCACCACUUGGACCUGGCAGCCUUGCCCACCCCAGAGUCCACCCCAACACUGCAGCAGAAGCGGAAGCCCAGCCGUGGUAGCCGCGAGUGGGAAAGGAACCAGAACCUCAUCAAUGCCUGCACAAAGGACAUGCCCCCCAUGGCCUCCCCUGUGAUUCCCACAGACCUGCCCCUCCGGGCUUCCCCCAGUCACAUCCCCAGUGUAGUGGUCCUCCCCAUCACGCAGCAGGGCUACCAGCAUGAGUACGUGGACCAGCCCAAAAUGAGUGAGGUGGCUCAGAUGGCGCUAGAGGACCAGGCUGCCACCCUGGAGUAUAAGACCAUCAAGGAGCAUCUCAGCAGCAAGAGUCCCAACCAUGGGGUGAACCUCGUGGAGAACCUGGACAGUAUGCCCCCCAAAGUUCCACAGCGGGAAGCCUCCCUGGGCCCUCCAGGAGCCUCCCUGUCUCAGAAUGGCCUGAGCAAGCGGCUGGAAAUGCACCACUCCUCCUCCUACGGGGUUGACUAUAAGAGGAGCUACCCCACGAACUCGCUCACGAGAAGCCACCAGACCACCACUCUCAAAAGAAACAAUACUAACUCCUCCAAUUCCUCCCACCUCUCCAGAAACCAGAGCUUUGGCAGGGGAGACAACCCACCGCCCGCCCCACAGAGGGUGGACUCUAUCCAGGUGCACAGCUCCCAGCCAUCGGGCCAGGCCGUGACUGUUUCGAGGCAGCCCAGCCUCAAUGCCUACAACUCACUGACGCGGUCGGGGCUGAAGCGUACUCCCUCGCUAAAGCCGGACGUACCUCCCAAACCUUCCUUUGCUCCCCUUUCCACAUCCAUGAAGCCCAAUGAUGCGUGUACAUAAUCCCAGGGGGAGGGGGUCAGGUGUCGAACCAGCAGGAAAGGCGAGGCGCCCGCUCAGCUCCGCAAGGUUCUCAACUGCCUCAGAGUACCCACCAGACCAAGAUGGCUCACGGCAGAGCUGAGGACACUGGGUCCUCCUCUCUGGGACACAGGGAUACUCUCGAAAAAUGGGCCAUGUGGCUUGGUGAAGGUUUGCAACUGCGGGACUCACCUCCAUUCUCUUCCUUCACUCUCCCUCACACCCUGCAACAGGUUGGACUCGCAAAAGACUUAAAUUAUCAUCACAAACAUGAGCCAAAAGCACAUACCCACCCAUGCACACACACACACCACACUUAUACACAAAACACACACACGCAGAGGUGAACAGCAACUACAACAUUUUGUCCAUGACUGCAUGGGGUGUUGCCAAACUGGGCUAGUGUUCCGACCUGCAAAACACAGAUACGUUUAAAAAAUACAUAUGAAAAUUAAAAAGACAAAACAAUAAAGAAAUCAUUGAUAAUUCUAACUCAGACUUUAACAAUGGCAGAAGUUUACUAUGCGCAGAUACUGUGAAAUGCCCACCAGUGUUACAGCUUUCUGUUAUAGCAGAUUAAUGCCAUGUUGGGCGACUAUGUCAUAGAUUUCUGCUCCUCCUCUUUUUUAAUGAAUAACGUGACCGUUAACGCAAGUAACUCUUUAUUUAUUGUUCACCCUUUUUUCCUUAAGGAAAGGACUCUUCCGCAUACCAUCCUAUGAACAGCUCUUCAGAAAGCCCAUUGGAAGUUAAACUAUUUAACGUGAAAUCCAUUAACUGGAAUAAUUAAGUUUCUUUAUUUUUACAAUAAAUUCACUGAGUAAAUAAGUUGGAGCUGGAAUUCUGAGCUUUGUGUUUGGGCUGUCUGAUCUCUAGCUAAAGGAAAGAGUUAAGACGGGGAUAUUUAUUCAAAUCUAUCAGUUAAUUUGCUGGUCAGGUCUCUGGCCUAAUAACAUGCAAAAAAUUAAUUAGUUUAAAAGUCCUUCCAGAUCCUAACUUCUAAAGCAACCAGGAGAGAAACUUUUGGACAUCCUCUGUGUCCCAUUGCUGACAACGUAGCUUUGUCAGUGGUUACUACUAUCUGGCACCAGCUUGUGAUUCGCCAUCUCAUUUCACCUUGCAUGUGAGACAGCAGACAAAAUCCACAAAUGGUGUGAACUAAUUAAUAUGCUGGCUGCUACCUUGCAUAAACUAAUGGUUUGAUCACACGGCUUUUUUGUGGGGUUACAUCUGUGAAUAGCCUGUUUUCCACAUGUAAAUUUGUGCCUUACACCCUGAGUUGUGUACACUUGUAAACUGUCGCUAUGAUAAACUUUUUCCCCCUUUUGAAAUAAAUGCAGAUAUUUAUUUAACGCUUCCUCCCUCCGCCUCCACUCCAGCCCUCUGGGAGAUUGGAGUCCAGCAGAUGGAAGAAGAAUGCAGUGGUGAUCGUUACAAUCCCAUCACCCAGGAAAGCUGGGGACACCACGCCCUCCAAUUCACCCUUCCUUCUAGUUGUGCCAACUUGAACCACGCUUUGGCCAAGCUGCUGCCGAGCAUGGACUCCAGGUUGUGGGUGGCAAAUCCCUUUCUUCCUCCACAGCUCCCUGUGUCCCUUUUAUUCUCAGAUCAUUUCAAUAGGGUGAUAUCCUCCGUAGCCAGCAGGAAAGGGACUAGUGUCCCUUUCAUUCUUCAUUUCUGUAGUGUCCACUUGCUGGAGAACACCCCGUGUGCAUCAGAUAGGCACCUGGGAGGGGUCUCCAAGCCAUGUGCUCAGCACACAUGUGCAGUGCACACAAAGAAAUGACAUGGAAGUCAAUGCAGGCAGGCUGGUCCCUGCUGUGAUGAGUAACUCUAAGUACGAGGCCAACCACAAUCAAUGCUGCAAAACGUUGACUAGGGCAAAAGAUUUUUAAUUUUUUUAAAAAUUUAUCCCUUUGUUGUUGUUUGUAGGGGGCGAGGAUGUGUGUUUUUCUCCCCUUGGUUUUCAUUUGCUCAGACACACAAGAAGGGACUUUCAUGAUGAACAAAAGAAUUGUCAUACUGUAAAACUUGAGCAUUGCUGUUGGUUGUUAUUGUUUUGUUAAACAGCUAAACAGUUUAUUUGGUGGUCUCUGUCACUUAUUUACAAUUUGAUCUUCUGGGUUUAGUUUUUCCUUAAUUAAAAAAAAAAAAUUGCAAAAAAAAGACUGACAAAGACAAUUCAGGGUUGGCUAGUGAGAAAAUGGUGGUCGCCUGAGUGUGGAGUGAGGGUGAGGCACUGCUCUUUGCUGUUGUUCAGGGUAGAGUUUUGUUGUUGUUGUUAUUGUUUUGUUUUUGUUUUGCUUUGGUUUGGUUUUUUUAGUAGACUCAAUGGUCACAUCCUAUGACUUCUAUACCAUGAAACCAUGAAGUCUUUUCUAGAAACAGAUCUUGUUUUUUCCCUUGAAUUUUCUCUAGAAAUGCAAACGUUAGGAAGGUUAUGGAUAUAUAUAUAUAUAUACACACACAUCGCCCUGCUACCUUCUCCCCAUGCUUGACUCCCGAGAGUAUUGAGGGUGCAGUGUCCACCCGCUGACAGAGCCAUGAGCUCAUCCCGGUGUAUGUGGGCAUCACUGCCUCAGCGGUGUUAAGUCAAUCUGUGUCAAAACUGACCUUCCACAUUCCUGCAUCCCACAACCCAUCACGUCACAAUGUUAACCCUAAAAUGCCCAUACGCAUUGAGCAGGUCUUCAGCAUUUAAGUAUUUUCCCCCUUUCCUUUUUUUCCCCACUUUGUGUGGGGGGGAGGGUCCAUAAACCUGAGUGUGCCUUUGCUUUCCACCCCUGCUAGCCACUGGUAGACACACCCAACUCAGAUUUAUAUUUGUUGUAAACUUGUAAAAAUAUUGUGAUGUCACCAAUUUCUCUUCAUCUCCACAUCCCCUAACAUCUGAUUCAUGACUUAAUGUAUGUUAUAAAAAAAGAGAAAAAGAAAAGAAAAAAAGGGAAAAAAAGCAAGGACAAGGCUCUUUUAUUACUUGAAAGUAAUAAAACCAGACUGUUCUACAUUA